GACCCGUAUAUUGUUUCUUAUUUCUUAUCUUAACCUUUUUGAUUAUACCUAGCAUUUAUGGGAUUCGAUGUCGUGAAAUACAUUGGAGCAGUAACUGUUUUGUUAACAAGAUAUUCACACGUCAUGACAUUAGAGAUGCAGUAUGUGGCGUUCACGGCCGGAUGCGGACCGGAUGGCCUGGCACUCCAGCGGACGUUAUUGCCUGCCCUGCGCUCCCGGGAGGUCCUGAUCCGCAACUUCGCCACCACCGUGAACAGGGCUGACACCUUGCAGCGGCGUGGAUUGUACCCGUCACCGCCCGGGGAGAGCGCCAUCUUGGGGUUGGAUGCGGCCGGAAUUGUGGAGGCACUUGCGCCCGACUGCACCGGCUCCUGGAAGCAGGGCGACCGAGUCAUGGCUCUACUUACUGGCGGUGGUUACGCGGAGUACGUAGCGGUACCGGAAGACGUCCUGAUGGCCGUGUCGCCGGGAAUGCCGUUCACAAGCGCCGCGGCCAUCCCGGAGGUGUGGCUCACCGCCUAUCAGCUGCUUCAUGUCGAAGGCGGCUUGAAGCGAGGGGACACGGUGCUGAUCCACGCUGGUGGUAGCGGGGUCGGGAGCGCCGCCGUGCAGCUAUGCCUCCUGGCCGGAUGUCGCCCAGUUAUCACCGCUGGUUCACAGGAGAAGCUUGACGCCGCCCGUCGCCUGGGAGCUGUUGCCGCCUUCAAUUACAAAACCGAAGACUUUAGCGAGAAAGUGUUGACCUUCACUGAAGGUCGGGGUGUGGACCUGAUACUGGAUUGUGUGGGGGCAUCCCAUUACGAGCGGAACAUGAAGUCUAUCCGUAUCGAGGGCCGCUGGGUGCUAUACGGACUCCUUGGUGGUGGGACUAUCAGCGGGGACAUAUUCAGUCAGAUGUUGAGGAAACGUAUCACUAUUACAGGAACUACUUUACGUGCCAGGGAUCUUCAGUACAAGAAGCGAGUUGUGGAUGGGUUCACCCGGGAUGUGCUACCCUUGUUCAGCAAGGGGGCCAGCCCAGCUGUGAAGCCCCUGAUUGAUUCAGUGUUCCCCCUGGCUCAGGCUGGGGAGGCCCAUACCCGCAUGGAGGCCAACCUGAACACAGGAAAGUUAGUCCUGCAGGUCCGUGACGAGGCCACAGGCAAAUCACUUCAUGAUGAACUAUGACACAGUGACAUCGAUUAACCAGUAUACAUGUACAUGCCGCAUUGUUUUAGGGUAUACACAGUGAUGAUAUCAUACGGAGAUACAUAAUGUGUUGUCAGUUGUGACACUUGUUAAGUAGUUUGAAAAUAGGUCAUAUGGACGUUGUAUAAGCUUUCGUCUUGUUUGUUAGCUAUAUGCUCAAGACUAUUUUGGUGCAAGUAAUUCUAUUUUUAACUCGGUACAUUCCUUUAGUGAAUGUUAUUGAAUUAAAUCUACAUGAUCUUGUCUGUGUUAAGUUUGUUGAACAAAUAUCUGUCUUCUGAUCCUGACUUAUUACUUUUAUAAUGAUAUAUAUCAUUUUACACUGAUAAUAAAUAAUAAUGUACAGUGAACUGCUUUCAUACACCCAGGGUUUUAUUUUCACAAAUAGCUACAAUUUCAUCAAGCAACAAAAUAUUUUACUCCCUUGAUGAUGAUUAUGAUAAAAAUGCUGUGUAUACUGAAUGGAUUGGUACCAUGCAGUCUAUGAGUACAAAAUCUCAUGAAAAAGAUCAAAACUCGAAAAAGAAGCCUGCAAAUUUCAAGCAUUUACAGUUCUGCAUUUUCUUCCAUAGAUCUGCUAUUAAAAUAAUGUCAAAGA